UUUCCAUUGUAGAAAUGUAAUGUCAUGGUCAGAACAUCCUGCAAGGAAAGCUGAGAUAUAUAAUAUUUUGUAGGUCCAGAUAGAAAGGAGUCGGCAGUCUCCGUUCCAUUUACAAAGAGCCUUCUUUGUGCAAACCGAGUCACCCAUGGUAUUUAUGGUGAUAUUAAGUGCAUUUAAUAUUUCUGUGCAUUUUAUAUUUUCAUAGGAACCGUAUUACCCUGUUCGUGAAAUGGAGACCUUGUGUGUUCUCUGGCCAUGUCACAUAGUAGACUCUCAUUGUUUGUUUAAUGAACAGAUAAAUACACAAAUAACAAACAUGGACUGUAUUACUACUAAUUUUUUUUACUUCCUCAGAAAAUCUGCAUUUACCAGAAGAUUUAUUGUGGUGUAGACAUAAGGCAGUGGCCCUAACUCAAGGCCUGAAAGCGUGGGAGGGUUCCUGUUCUUCAAAGGACUGGUCCUGCAUGUCUCCUAAAGACAGGAUAACUGGUGCUGGACUGUGCAACACUGAAGAAGAUGCUCCUGAGUCUGAGUCACCUGUGGAGCUCCCAGCCUAUAGUCAUGCAACAGGAGAAAACUCUUCCUUCUCUGAAUAUUUCACAUCUGUCGACUCUGAAUCCAGGCCUCCCCAUCAUGAGGAAGGUGGAAUCAGGGAGAUGCCUGUGUCCCAGGACUUCGAAGAAACGAAGAAUUCCUCCACCUCUUCACUUACCUCCAUUUCUUCCCAUUCUGGUGAUAACAAUGAGCCCUUUAUGCCCUCAGUAGAUGGGACAGAUCUAAGGCUCACAACAAUUUACUACAUGCCUGUGCAAAUGAAAAGGGGCGUGGCUGUCUUAAGUGACACAGAGGAAGGAUUGGAGCCUCCCUCAAAAAAGAUGAAAAUGGAAGAAAUAAGCUACAUUGAAAAGGUCCAUAAAAAUGUCCCCCACUCUCACAUGUCUUUGAACAAACUGCUAAUUGGUGGUGAGCCCAGCUCAGAGAGCCGAGCCCAGGACAACAGCCAGAAGGCUGACAGGCCAGUAGAGCCCCCUGCCCUGGAGGUGUACCCCAGGGCCAAGACGCCCGAGUGGCUGGUGGCCCCAGACAGUGGCUUCAGGUGCAUGGCCUGCUGCCGGGUCUUCCCCAGCUUAGACGUCCUGCAGGAGCACGUGGAGUAUGGGGUCAAUGAGGGCUUCAGCUGCCACGCUUUCCAUCUCGCCAUGGCUCGUCUAAAGCAGAAAAAGCGUGAGAAAAGAAUGAAGGAGAAAAUCCAGAAGGCCGCGCUUAGAUGCCAGAAGGAAGAACAGUUUGGCAUGAAGACCACCUCACACAACUAA